AUGUCUGAAGAAAAAAUCCGAGAAAAAAUUGAAAGUGAUGUCAACGAAAUAUCUGAGGAAGAAAAUGUUGAAGAUGAAGAAGAAAUAGAGGAACCACAAGAAGAUAGACAGUCGACUGCAAAUAAGGUCAGCAGUGUGACCAGCUCGAAUAAAAACGCAAAAAGUCCUUCUCAGCUAUCUAGUCAGGGAACAAGGAGCGCUCAACGAUCAAAUGUUAGCUCAAAAGUGUCACAAGAACCACAAGUCGAUGAGGAAAAAGCAAGCAUUUUAUCUCAAAUGACUGGUGACAAGAUAAGUAGCAUGACUGGAUCGGCUAAAGACAUUAAAAGUCCUUCUAAACAAUCGAGUCAGGGUAUUCGAAGUGGUCAACGUUCUGUCAUGAGCUCUAAAAGACCAUCAGAAAAUAUACAAGAAAAUAUUGAACAAGAAGAAACAGAAGAUCAACAAGUAGAUGAGGAAAAUUUAACCGUUAAGUCGGAAAAAGCAAGUAUUUUAUCACAAAAAACAAGCGAUAAGGUCAGCAGUGUAAUCAGUUCAAAUAAAGAUGCAAAAAGUCCUUCUUUGCUAUCAACUCAGGGAAUACGAAGUGCUCUAAGGUCUUUUGUAGGCUCAAAAAGUCCAUCGGAUAACGCACAAGAAAACAUCGAACUAGAAGAAAUAGAGGAUCAACAAGUAGAUGAGGAAAAUUUGACCGUUAAGUCGGAAAAAGCGAGCAUUUUAUCUCAAAUGACUAGCGAUAAGAUCAGCGGUUCGACUAAAGAUGUAAAAAGUCCCUCUUUACUCUCUAGUCAGGGAACUCGCAGCACUCAACGGUCUGUCAUCAGUUCAAAAGGUCCAUCGGAAGUGAAAAUUGAACCGAGUUCAGUAAGGGAAUCAGUAAAAAGUGUCAUUGAUGACAUUAUUGAGCCUUCAAAAACACUUUCUAGUCGUACAUCGCCAAGAACUUCCUCAAAACUCUCUGGUUCUAGAACUUCUGAAAUAAAAUCUCAUUCAUCGCAUCCUUCGAGUAAACGAUCUAGCGAAGUUUCCACAACAAAACAGCAACACUUGAGUUUUGCUGAGCCCGGAACUACAGAACCGCGUUCUUCAACAGUGUCAGAAACGGUAGACAUCAAACGUCCAUCGGCAUUUUCGAGAUCUAGUAAACGAAUUAGCGUUCCGUUUGAAAACAUUCCAUCGCAAAUUCUGGAUCUAACACAAAAUGCUACAAUGAUUCCGACUUCUGCACUUCUCGACAUUCUCAAACGUCUUCCAACGCCAACUCUUCAACGGAUUCAGGAAAAAAGUCGAGGAAAUGCCAAAUUUUUGUUAAAUCUUGCAAGUCUUUUGAAUCAAGGAAAAGUGGCACGAGCGGAAAUUUCAUCAAAGGAAAAUAUUCAACUGACAGAAGAAGAAAUUAAGGAUUUAAUCGAAAUAAUUGCUGAUGAGCAUCGCGAAGGAAUAAUUGGGGAACUGUUGAAUACCAUUAAACCGAUUUCACUGCAGACUCAACUCCGUUCCGAAAUUCCAUUGGAAUUAAGAGACAAAAUGUUUUCGAUUCCAGCGGUCGAAAUAUUAGAUAUUUUUGAACGUGUCCCAAAAGAUUAUUUGGAAGAAAUUCGUGAAAAAAAUGAAUUUAUUUUCAAUUUGAGUGAAAAUGCUGCAAAAGCCGAAAUUUCUUCUCAAAAGGACUUUGACUUGACCGGUGAGGAGAUACUUGAUUUGGUGUCUGUACUUCCCGAGGACUUGUUUAAAGCAUUAAUUGGUGAAGAAACGGUCAUCGGAGAAAUAUUAAGAGAGUUCAUUAAAGUAACGCAACAUGAAACUCGUCAUUCGGUAGCGAAAAUUCCCGAUGAAAUGGAUGAAACUACCAAGAAAGCGCUGCAAAUGAAAUCUAAAAUUGAAGAACGGAGUAAGAAGAUCAAUGAAAUGAAGGGUCACUUGCAAUAUUUUCUCUCAAAAAGUCAUAAAGAUGCCGAGGAUCGCAAAAAGAUCCAAAAAAUGAGGUGUGACAUUCAAUGUGCCUGCGAUUGUCUCAAAAAGAUGAUAAAAGAAUUCAUAAAACUGCAAAAAGGCACAAAAUUAGGGAUCAUGGAACCAAUUAUGCUUGCAACAUCGCUCGACGAAGACGAAAUUCCAAAAUGUUUGGGUUUCUGUUCUUCAAAGUCCGAUCAGAAACGUUCGAUGACCCCGUCAGCCAUGAGAAAUAUCGAUCGUCGUCCAAGUGUGAGAUCCCAAAAACGAAUGGCGUCAGAUAAUUCCUCGCUUGCACGUGAAAGAUGCCAUUUGCAGAACGAAAUUUUGAAUCGUGAUCGGAUUGUGGAAAAUUUGCAAGAAAAUUUGCGAAUAAUGCAGUGUGAGUUAACAAAAAUGACACACGAGAACAUGCAGUUGACGAAAAAAAUCGAUUGUUUGGACAAGACGAAGGAAAAUCCCGAAGAUGCCGAGUGCCGGCUACGCGUUUACAAAGAAAACGCAGAUUGUCUCGAACAAAAUCUCACCAAAAUGGGUCUUGCCUUGAAUCAGCUGCAAAUGGAGUUGACUGGUGUAGAUCGUGAGUCGUGCGGAACAUCGCGUCCCGUUACUGCAACAACAUGUCCAAGUCGCAAAAACCGUAGUGAGACACACCAUGACGAUUUGGAGGAACAAAAUCGCGAACUGAAAGCGCAAUAUGUUGUCUUAAUGCAAGAAUACCGCCACAAAGAACGUGAAAUCAAAGAACUAAACGAAAAAAUUCGUAAAAAUAUCGAAUUCGAGCAAUGUUCGAGUCCCGAACGUGUCGAACUGAACAUCGCUCGAAAGCAACUAAACGAUUUGAUGGACGAACAAGAAGAAUUCAAAGUAAUUAUCAAGGAGCAAGCAACGCAAGUCGAGGAAUAUCGUGACAAAUUCAUGAAAGCACAACAAACUGUCGAGGAACAACGUCGCGAAAUCGAAAAUCUCCAAGUAAACAAUACACAAAUAGAGCAACAAAUAAAUUGUGAAAUCCAUCGGAUCAAGAGUGAGUUUCAGAAAAAAUUGAAAGAAUUUACUCCAUUGCCUCAAAUGUUGGAAAACGAACAACUCAAAGUGCAUGAGUUGCACAAGAAAAAUCGCGUUCUUGAAGAAAAAAUAUUGGAAUACGGGGCGAUGUUGAAUGAGGCAAAUGAGCGGGCGAACGAAUUUCAAUCAAAAUACAGGGAAUCAAAUGUCGGCCUUAUCGAAGAGUUAAAAGAUCAAGUGGCGACUUUGCAAAAUGAGAUUAAGGACCUUAAAAUGGAACGCGAUCGACUUGAUGACAACUUGCACGACGAAAGAUGUCGUUACGAAGCGUUGCGUGGUGAGACCGCUAAAAUUAUUCAACGAGCAAAUGAUAGACAUGAAACUACUCGCAAACUCCAACACGAGCACGUGACGAAGCUCGAAAAUGACCUUGCCAAGGCAAAAGCUGAUGCCGUGUGUGACGCUGCCUUGCACGAAUCUACCGUCAAAAAAAUCACAAACCAAAUGAAAGUCCUAACAUGCAAUUUCGACGAGGCUCAAGCCCAAAUCCAUUCCCUACAAAACCAAAUAAAAAUAUUGAGCAAGAACGGCGAGAAAGCUCCAAAGAAGAUGUGUAGCCCACGAAACAGCUUCGACUUUUAA